CACCCACCACGUAUAUGACGUCACCUCCCCCCCCCACCACCAUCAAGGGCGGCCGCCAUUGCUGAGUUCUGUGCUGGCGACUUGAGGAUCAGCGAGCGAAGCUCCUCAUUACAACAACAACAACAACAACUACAACAACAACAACCUCCUUAUUACCACAACAACAACAGCAGCAGCAGCAGGCGCAGCGACAACCAGACAGCCGUCCGAUAGCAGCGGCAGCGAGGAGGAGGCUCAGGCUGAGGAGGAGGCUGAGGAGGAGGCUGAGGAGGAGGAGGAGGCUGUCCGCCCGCGUCCGUCAUGGAGUCGGGCUCAAGCGCUCGCUACCAGGCCUUGCAGACAGAGGAGGAGGAGGUGGGGGGCCCGGCCCCUCCUCCCUACAGUGCGGCGGUUGGGGGCUCUGGGGGUGUCUGCGGAGGGGGCGGGGCCUUCCUGCCCCCCCCCCAGCUCCUCCUGGGGCCCCCCUCCCCCCUUGUGCCCCCCUCCCCCGCUCCCUUGGCCCCGCCCCCCCUGCAGGGCGGAGCCGCCAAUCCGCCGGCCUACAGCGUGGCCACCAGCCUGCCCUCGUAUGACGAGGCCGAGAAGAGCAAAGCCGGUGGGCCCGCCGGCGGCCUCGGCGACGCACAGCUAAAGGAUGAUGAUUUCUCUCCGCGGGAGGAUUUUGACGACGCUGAUCAGUUGAGGAUCGGGAAUGACGGCAUCUUCAUGGUCAGCUUCUUCAUGUCGUUCCUCUUCAACUGGAUCGGAUUCUUUCUCUCCUUCUGCCUAACCAACACCGUGGCCGGCCGCUACGGCGCCAUCUCCGGAUUCGGCCUCUCGCUCGUCAAGUGGAUCAUCAUCGUGCGCUUCUCCGAGUACUUUGCCGGAUACUUUGACGGCCAGUACUGGCUGUGGUGGAUUUUCCUUAUGCUGGGGCUGCUUCUCUUCCUCCGAGGGUUCCUCAACUAUCUGAAGGUUCGCAAGAUGUCGGACGAACUGGCAUCGCUGUCCCGCGCCCGCCUGCUCUUCGUCUACUGAGGGGCGGCUAGGAGACACGAAG